AUUACCCUUAUCUUAUUAUUGUUUUAAAAUAAAUACGUUGUAAAAGAAAAGCUUGUUUAAAUGUGAACUGUGUCUUAGAAUUAAUAAAAAAUACUAAAAAUUAGGCAUCUUCAAGUGACCGUUUUAAAAUUUAUGUAAGGAAAAAAGUUAGUAAGCAAGGGGAUUUCUGUAAGCGCAAUUGUCGCCAAAUGAAAAAAAUAUAAAUUCAAUGAAAUUACAGUAGGUACAACUGCUUUUGUCGGGUUUGCUGGGCAUUAUUGUGAACAUGUCUUCGUUAUUCAAUAAAAACUCGAUACUGACGGGAUGUGUGGAUUACUUCUGCCUGGCCUGUGAGUCCCAGCUGCGGAGUGAUGAGGAUGCCAUCCAGCACAUCGGCAAACCCAUACAUAAGAAGAACCUGGAUGCAACUAGCUUUCUGGACAAGCAUAAGGAUGACCGUGUUAGGAAGGUCAAGAAAGGCUACUACUGCGAGUACUGCAACGUGUUUAUGCGAACUGCCGCCAAAGUGGGCCCCCACGUGGCGGAGCCCACGCAUCGCGAGAACAAAUCCGCGCGACCCUUGAGGAGAGAGGGCAACGGCGUGCUAGCGUUCGACAGCGUGUUCAUUAACGAAAACGCGUGGCACGGACUCAUUGACGACACGUGUGCCGUCUGCGACGCGGAGUUCGACAACGCACAGAUACACAGGACUGACACCUGGCACGCUCUCAAUCUGGUGUUGAUAGACAUUGAAACCGGCGAGGGCAAUAAUGUGUAUAGAAAGGUUGACGAGUCCACAUUCCAAUGCCUGACGUGCAACUUGGUUUGCGCUCAAAACACAAUGGCGGAUCAUUUCGAAGACGCCGAGCACAAGAAACUGUACCAACAGUGCUGUGUAACUGCCAAAAAUAAAAACAAUGAGAAACAAAACGGUACGGAAACGGCGAAAAAUGACGCCGCGGAUAAAUCCUCGGAAAAAGAAGUAAAGGAAGAAAAAGCACAAAAGACAGUUGAGAAAGAAACAACAAAGGAUGAUAAAUCUAGCAAAUCUCCUGAAAGUCCUCCAAUGAAAAAGUCAAAGAAAUCGCCUGAAAAAGAAUCUAAAGAGGAAAUUAAAAAAACAGAAGUAGAAAAGAAGCCCGAAGGUGUCGAAUCCGAAAAGAAGGAAAUUAAGAUGGCUGAAGUUGCAAAGAAGGAAGAUAAAAAACGAGGAAAAGGAGGCAAGGAUGCGCUUGGCAAAACCGAUAAAGACAUUGUCAAAGGCUUAGGAGCCGUGAACUAUAUCACCAGAGAUGUCUGCGGCCAGCAAUGGUGCAUCCUCUGCGACUGGGCCAUGGACGACAGCACUGUUAAAGGUCACAUCGAAAGCAGGCAUCACCAAACCUUACUCACGAUGCACAAAGAUAGACAAGCUAAGAAUCAAAACGGUGAACUCGAAAAUGGCGAAGACCUAAAUGAAAAGCAUAUCAACAACGAUCACGAUGUGAUUAAAGAUCAUAUUGAAGAGCAUAUGAAGAAAGCGGCCAAAGAAACAAAAGAAGUAAAGGAGGUGAAACCAUUCUCAACUGGAAGUGAAACGAAGUCUUCAACGAAUCUCUUCACGGCCCCCGUUCACAAGAACGACCCUAAACCGAAGCAAGAAAAAAGAGAAUCUCGAGCAUCUUCAGUAGCUUCCAAUCGCGAAGAAGAUGAAGUGGACGCAUUCGCAAAACAGCACAACUUGACACACAACAUUGGCAACAGCAAUGUAUUUUGCCGCCUCUGCGUGACCAAAAUACCGGCUUCGAUGAGAAACAUGAGAGAGCAUGUAAACGGAAUGGGACACAAGAGUAAAAUCGCCAAAACGACCGUCAAAUCAAUGGUCAACGCGCCCAGUAUGACGCCUUCCCAUGUCUUCAUAGACACUGUUAUAACUGUUGAAAACAUGUUCUCAAAAGACAUUGUGAUAAAUGAGAAAUAUGUGGUGAAUAUACUGAGUUUUCUGAUGAUCACGAAGAACGGUGCUAAGCUUAGGUGUCAGGCUUGUGAGGUUAAUGUCGCCAUGUCGGAAAUAGACAGGCAUAAGAACACGCCGAAACAUGAGAGGAUCAUGAAUGACGCUAUGGUCGCUUCGUCAGAGGAUUCGGAAUUCAUUAGAGAGAUCCGUACAAACCUGUUCCACUGCGGGUACUGCAACCUGCUGGAAGCCACGUGGGCCACCAUGAACUCGCACCUCAAGAGCACCGCGCAUCGUGAAGCUAAGACGUCGGCUUCGUGGCGCUUGCACGAGUACAAGCCGAUGAUUGCGCAGCACAAGAUGCGCCAGCGCAUGCAGCUCGACCUUUUUACCAGGAUGCUCGUGGGACAUAUGUUCGGAGACGACUCAGACGACUAAACACGUCAUACUGUUAGGGCCUCCCCACACUAGCGUCUCCCGAGCGCCGGCGUCUAGUCAACUCUAUGGCUGCUGCUCGACACAACGUUGGCGCAACUGCGCAAUGACGUCAUUUUCCAUAGCGCUGACUAGACGCCGACACUCAAAAGAUGCUCUUAAAUGCCGAUUAUGAUCGACGAAGCUUGUCUCUAAAGCUAGAUAAUCCGGUAUGUUUUGUAAUUUAACUCGUUUAUCAAUUAACCGGUUAAACCUGUAGAUUUCGUCAUAUUUAUUGGCCGCAGAAAUAUUUCCAAUUUCUGUUUCAUUAACCGGUUUAUGUACAAAUGAAAUCUCUUUUAGACUAAUCCGUCAUUACGAUAUUGGUUCCUACUGUAUCAUUAGAGGAUGCACAGUUUGGACACUCAAGGUCUAAAAUAUCGAAACGAACAAAGCGCCAAAAAUCAUCAGAUAUAUCAGAGCGGCCGAGGUGCUCACAAAUAUCUGAACACGCCUCUAUUGUCAAGGCGCUAGAGUGCACGUUCAGAUAUUUUUGAACACCUCGGCCGCUCUGAUAUAUCUGAGGGCGACUGUACGUGCCGAUGAUCGCGCAGCACAGGAUGCGCAAGCGCUCUUCACCAGGAUGCUCGUGGGACAGAUGCACGGAGACGACUGGCCGUCGAAACCGUAUGUUUUUUUAUUUGAAAUAUCUCAAAUAUCCGUUAAUCCAACCGGUUCAGACACCUGCUAGUUACUUAAAUCCGUAGUUUGAAUAAGUUAAAAAUUUUCACAUUUACCGGUUGCCGAAAUAUUUCCGGUUUUUGUUGAUUUACACUCUAAAACCGGUUCCAAAUCACCUUAUCGUAAUUUACUGUAAGAUUUAAAAUAGGUAUUUUUUUAUAUGAUUCAACUGAUUAACAUUAAGUGUAUUAUAGAUUUAAGUCUUCUAUGUUUUGUUACGUAAUUUAAGCGGUUAAAAUGUACACUAGCUUUUUCUUUUAUUUCUAUGGCCGAUUUCUUAUUAUUUGGUACCUAAACGAGAUCUAAAAACUGACUUGAAAGUUUUUCAAUGGCGACGAUGUGAUUUAUGACUACUCAAAUCCAUAAUGACGUACAUUAUGGUGCUUGCAUUUGCGAUUUAAUGUUAUUAAUAGUUACCAUGAGCAAUCUCAAUUUACGUUGUAAGGGUUUAAUUAUAAUGUCAGUUUCUUUUUUCUUUCUUUCCAUGCCUUUAGGGUCCUUAUGCACAUGCAGUAUAAGGACCCUUAAGGCAUGGAACGCCACAUUUUAGCAAAAAAACCUACCGCUCGAUUUGUGAUUCAGACAAAAGAUACAGCUGCGUGGGUUGUCAGUAAGGAUCACCUAUUUCUGAUUGCAUCUCUAUGUCACAUUGGAGCUUAUUGACAACCGCCAAAGUGGUCCCUUAUCAUAUGAAACGACACAUUUGUUAAUCUGUAAUUAUAGUGUACUUCGAACACAUUAUUAAAGUGAUUUUGAUUUGAUAA